AUGCAAGAAAGUGAAAGCAUUGAAAAGUAUUUCACAAAGGUUACAACAAUUGUUAACCUAAUGUCGUCAAAUGGACAGAUUUUGGAAGAUGCAAGAAUUGUUGAAAAAGUCCUUCGUAGUUUACCACCGAAAUUUGAUUAUGUUGUGGCUGCCAUUGAAGAGUCAAAUGAAAUUUCUGCUCUUUCCAUAGAAGAUUUGCAAGGAAAAUUGGAGGCCCAUGAAAUCAAAAUAAAUUUGAGGAAUCCUCCUCCCACACAAUCGGAUCAAGCUCUAAAGACUCAAGUUACAACGGGAGGCAAUCGAAAUCAAGCUACUGGUUCUAGUCAGAGCUACGAUCGCGGUCGUGGUCGUGGUCGUGGUAGAGGUGGUAGAGGCGGAAGAGGAAGAGGAAGAAAUUCUAAUUUUCAAAGUGGAAGAGGCUCAUCAAACAAUUCUAGUGAUGGUGAGAAAAAUUCCAGUUCUUCAUCAUCAUAUAGGGGAAGAGAAAAUGGCUUUCAAAGAGGAAGAGGAUGUGGUUAUUUCAAGUGUUAUUAUUGUGACAAGCCUGGCCACAUAAUGAGAGAGUGUCGAUUCAAGCAAGAAGAUGAAAAACAAUAUGGGUGCAUCAAGGGUGUAUCAAGAGUGUCAAGAGUGUGUGUUGUAGUAGAGUAUUUGAAGUAUCAAUCUUAUUGA